GACGCAGAAUAGUAUUACCUCGAUUUUCAUUGGCCAUUCUUAUCGUUAUCAACAAUUUCUAUCUCUGAUAAGGAUCAAAACUUUUUUUGUCGGCCGUGCAAGGCUACGAGCUUGCAAUAAUGAUGCAUUUCUCAGUUUAUUCUCAUCCGAACUUACUUCUUCACUUUUCACAUACAACCAAAACUGCUCGCUUCUUUUUUCAACUUUUGUCUGGAAAAGUACAAUCUCAUCCGCAUGUGAGCAUCAACAUAAUUCAAACGAACUGACGAGAACAGUUCACAGUAAACAUUUGUUUCCUCUCACCCGUUAGUUUGUUGAAAAGCUCCAAGUACACGCAGGCCUCUAUCGUUCUUCAGCAUUAUGGAUACUAUGGAAAUCUCUUUCGAGGGUGGUCACUCAUCCGAACCCAUCAAUCUCAAAAACCAAUUCAGCGUUAGUGUAGCAGAGGCGCCAGUCGAAAUUAUCGAUCUCACAAAUCGUGUCGCUAUGGAGAGGCCUUCUGUCGAUGCGAAACUCUGCACCCUAUGCAAGGAGAACAAUUACAAAUACAAUUGCAGAUAUUGUGAUGUGAAAUACUGCUCUGUAAAAUGUUCCAAUAUACAUAAAGCCGAAACCAACGACCACGAAGAAGAGAAGGAGAAACUUGCCUCUGCGCAACCUCCUACUAAAGCCCCAUCACCUAUAUCCAAAGCAAAUACCGCGGCGCGAGCAGGAACUCUAGCAGCAGCCAACGCCAAAGGACCAUUCGAGCCUCUGGACAACUCGAAGGAGCUUGAAGCACUGUUCAAGAAAUACCCAAAUCUACGUUCACAUCUCGAAACGGUCGAUGCUGCCACUCUCCGUCCUACAGGGUUCAAUUCACAUAAAUGGAACCAAGAUCAGGGGUGGGAAAAUGGGAGGAAAGCUUUACAGAACGCAAAAUGUUAUUAUGGAAAAGAUGGCGAGGGCAUUCGAGAGUACUGUGAACUUGUUUUACGGCUUCUAGGUGAUGAAGAUGAGCAGGACGAAGAGGCGGCAGCAGAGCUUUUACGAAAAGAAGCCUUGGCCGAAAGCACCAGGGUUGUUCGCGCAUUACUGGAAUCUGAGAAGAGAAGAUGAAGAGAUUACGAGAUGCCAGUAUCAGUUUACAAAUUAAUGAGACCUCGCAUUGGAAAGGCGACAAUGGUAUGAUGCACACGCCAAAUAUAUACGUCUAGGCGAAAAUGAGUAUGUUCGACAAUAUUAUCAAGAACUUCCUGGAUCCAUUUUGGGCAGACGGAAGAUUGAAUGAAGUUGUCAUUUUGUCCCAAUAGGAUAUCAUGCACACCAGGCUUAGGAGGACGAGACACAGUUAAGAGUCAGAAGUUAACACGCUCUGGAAAACAAAUUAAUAGAUACCCUUGAACA